UCCAGUGGGGUCACUUUUAUAUGUGUGUGCGCGCCACACAUAUAAAUAGUUGACCACCAAGACAUUUAAGUUUGUCCCACUUCUUUCAACUCUAGAUCGUGCAUUAGAGCUGUGUUCUCAGAAAUCACUCGAACUCAUGUGUUCUUUCCCAAUCUACCAAAUACGCCUCAUCUCAGGGUAUGAAGAAGAUGUGAAUUUAAUCAUUAUCGGUGUGUUGCUUUCAGAUAGAGUUAUCAGGAGUUAUUCUGACUCAUGCGCAUUGCAUUCUUUCAGAAAAUGUCUACUAAGAGAAAUACAACUUCAGGCCCGAGGGAUACCAUUGAUGGGACCCCAGAGACGAACUCUCAGACUCCGAGAGUUUUAAUUUUUCAAUUCUUCGACUGUAGUUCAUCAAGCCCUGCUUCAAGUACCACUAACAUCCCAGCUCAGACCAAUGUGAGGAAGAGGGUUUUUCAUAAUCCUAUUUGCUGCCGGUGUAAAAAGAGACAUCGAGGGGUGUGCCGCUAUGGCACCCAUCGAGGACUUGCACUACUUUGGUUCUUCUUUAGCGCGUUAUUUUCCCACCACCUCCUAUGCCCAACACUUAGCCAUCUCGCCGCCUACUCUACUGGACGCCUUGCUCUCUUAUAUAUUUCUUCUUUCCCGAUAGAGCUCUCUCUAUCCCCUCUCCUGCGGAUUUCCUCAAAUUUUUGGGGUUUCUUUUUUGUUUUUUAAAAAAAAAAAAAAAAAAGACCUCGUGGGAAGUCUUUUGUAUAGAUUUUGUUUGAUUGAAUUUUGUGGAAGCUGACGACAACUACAAUUCCAAAAGUUGUCGUUGAUUUGAAGCCUUCGCAUAGAUUCAUAUCGCUACGGUGUUGGUGGAUGUGGUCAGAGAAAGCAAUUACUUCAAUCACGACUCGAGGCACACUCCCACACUUCCGGUUUAUAUUAAACUCCAAAACACAAGAGAGUGGCUGCAUUGUUAGCUGUUUCAAUAGUGUUUUAAUUGCUAGAGACCAACAUCAAGCUGGACUUGGGGUGCAAAGAUGUAUUGCGGUGAGAAUAUGGAGUCCAAUGUUUAUUUUCACAUACAAGAUGAGGCAGAAAGGCUGCUUAAAGAGAUUGAACUGAUGAUGAAGAAUGUUGAGAACUCUAAAUUGUAUGCUGGAAUGCGCUUGGAUCUCGAACGGAAUGAAACUUUUCAACAACAUUUGUUUCGCCUUUUAGGCUCUCAUUCACAUGUUCAGGUGGUCAUCUAUGCUUUGGGAAGCAUGGAAUCCAGUUUUGAUGCACAGUUUCAGCUUGCUGUAGUUCUCCUACUAAAGAGAGAUUUUCCCAAUUGGAUUGACAAUAUAGAAGUAUACGAUCCUGUAAUGUCUCCAGCUGAUAUGCUAGUUUUCAGAAAACUGGGUGUUGAGGUUUUGACCAUUAAUGAAAAUUGUAAGAGGCUAGUUCGAAGACCAACAAUGUUCUAUAUGCCUGUUCCAUAUAGUUAUCUUAUCGGAAAUCUGUUGGGAGCGAACUGGUCUUCAUCUUGUAUUAACCAGAUUUUCCUAUUGACAAACUCAUUACGCUGUUUGGCGACCCGUAUUUCAACACGUAAUCAGGAUGGAGAAACACUGCAACGCCUAAAGAGAAUUCUCCCCUUCACUACACAGAUUGACAUAAAAGUUAGCCAUGAGGAGAUCUAUAUUAGUGUAUUUUCAAGAUUUGCUUGGCAUUUCUUUGACGUGGGUCCCAACAUGGACAUGGAAGCAUCACUCCCUGUGACUAAGAUCACAGAACAUGAAAGAGAAGACGGAGAUCGACAUUGGUUGGAUUGGCAAAGGUAUCUUGAAGAAUCAUUUUUGGAAGCUAUGCAAAGUGAUAGGUCUAGUGAGGGAUUUGCAGAAUAUUUUGGUGAAUAUCGUGGGCCUCGUCGUUUAAGAUGCAGCGCAGUUCCUCCUCCACCAGCUUGGAUUAAGCUAAACGUUUGUGGGAUUGGUAAAGAAGGUGACCAGUCAGGACGAUAUAGUGGCAUCUUCCAAGAUGAUACUGGAAUGUGUUUAGGCAGGUAUAGUGGUACCAUUGAUGUUGAAGACAAUGUGAUUGCUGGACUGGAGGCCUUGAGGAAUGGGUUAGUCAGAUGCGUGGAAGGAAAACCGAAUGCACAGAAGUUGAUUGUGGAGUCCGAUAAUGUUAUACUUGUCCAAUAUGUUAAUGGUCACCCUGAGCCAAAUGAAAUAACCACGUACAAGUUGAAAGAAAUUUCCGACCUGCUGGAACGUAUAACUUGUGCCAUUUACUAUGUGUAUGAAGAAGCCAAUAAAGCUGCUAGAGACUUGGCUCUGAGAGAUGAACCUCACAAUCGAUCAUAGAUAGCUUUGUUUUUCUGCUCACGGGGUAGGGGUGAAGCUUUCUAGUUUCAGCUAAGUUUCAUAUGCCAUAUGCUAUUUAUGUUGCAGCAGACUGAUGCAGACAUGGAUCACAGAGCAGACACUUCUGUGUCUUUCUGACUUCUCAGUACAAGGUUUUUUUGUUUUUCAAGUGAUGAUGAAUGCAACAAAAAAGAAAAAAGAGAAAACAAAUGCAUUCCGGAGCAAAGGCAAGCCUUAUAUGUUAUCUAAUUUGUGUAAACUGAAGCAAUUUUCUCAAUCUAUGUUAAUGUUCAUUGAAUGUA